GCGGCCCGGGCCGGAGCGCGGGAUGGAGGCGACGCCCGCCAUGGAGGUGAGCCACUCGCUGAAGGAGCGCACCAUCGCCGAGAACAGCCUGGUGAUCCUGCUGCAGGGCCUGCGCGGCCGCGUCACCACCGUGGAGCUGCGCGACGAGAGCGCGGCCGCGGGGCGCGUCACCAGCGUGGACGCCUUCAUGAACGUGCGCCUGGCCGAGGUGACCUUCACGGACAGGCAGGGCGCCGUGUCCCACCUGGACGAGCUCUUUGUGACCGGCAGGAACAUCCGCUACGUGCACAUCCCCGACGAGGUGGACAUCCAGGCCACCAUCGAGGAGCAGCUGCAGGCCAUCCACAGGGUGCGGUACUUCGGGGCACGUGACAAGGGCCGCAGUGAGUUCCUUCGUGCCAAGCACAAGUGAGGACGUGGUGCUGCCCACACCAGCCAGGAUGGGCUCGGGAUGGACAUGGCCUUUUGAUGGACUGCCAGCCCCCUCCACGCCAGCCAUCCCACCCCACAAUGUACCCCCAGGGACUUGGGGCUCUGCUGUUCCCACCAUGGGUGCCUGCAGAGGAGCAAGACUGUUUUUUUGUAUUGAAUAACACCACUUAAAGGCUC